AUGACAGGCAACCGCUUUCCAGUCGAGUUGUCACUCGAGAUUCUGAAAGAUUUCGUGCCGGUAGUGCCUUGGACGCCAGAAGAGUAUUCAAGGCGCGAAUUCCUUGUUUUGCCUCUUUUCGAGACGUACUAUCGCCAGCUGCAACAAUUGGCGUCUCUACGGGGCGUCUGUCAAGAUUGGAACGAAAUUAUAUGCGACAUUAUCUACACCCAUGUAGUUCUGCCUUGCCAUCCUUUGUACAUCGUUCGCAAAACCGUUGGGAUCCUUCGUCACCACGCAGACCGCAUCCAGAGCCUAACCAUCUGCGAUUUAUCUUGGGGCUAUUACACGCUUUCGAAAGAGGGGCGUAAAGAGUCCAAGGCUCUGGUCGACCGUCACCUUAAAAAGUACCUCGGCAAUGCCAAGACCCCAAUCCAACUCGAGAGGCUCGUUCUUGAAGGUGCAGACUCGGUGUAUAUGAAGAGGGCAUGGCGUCGCAAGACAAUUCUUAACGCCCCGACCACCGUCAAACACCUCAUUUUCUCCAACGUGACGAUCGCCGUUUCUCUUGCCCUGGUACACCUUGGGAAGUACUUGGAGACGCUUGCAAUCCGAGGGUGGACAUACUGGGGGGGCGAACGUUAUCCUCUCCGCCUUCCGAAGCAAUUCCAGCGCCUCCAGCAGCUCGUGUUGCAGGACUGUUUCAUCGAUGAAUACGCCACGUCCAAGUUAUUCGGGCGCAUUGGGACUCUCACCUACUGUCCCAAGCGCAAGAAACGAAUUCAACAGUCGCAACUGCGGGACCUCCGGAUCCAAGGUUUUACGACUUUCGAUCCCCAUCGAAUGGCGACAACGCUAUGCAUCAACGGUAUCGGGAAGGGGUUAACCACCCUCCACAUUUAUUUCAACCACGGGAGGAUAGCCUCCUUACCAGGGGUAGUCGUCACCGUAUCCCAUUCCGCCGGGGCGACAGCCAUCGCGAAAGAAUGCCAGUCGCUUAUUGAUUUCCGAUACGCUGGAACCAUCGAGAGGACUUUCUUCAGGCACCUUUCCAAGUCGCUCAAAGUCCUCGCGCUUGCUGUCUGGGCCCCGAGCAUCUGUUCCGACGAGAGUACACCAUGGUGGCAGACCAUGGACUUGGGUUACUUCACCCCCGAGAACAUAGGGGACGUCAUUUCGCUGAGCGACAAUCGGUACCACCUCGAGCGCUUGAUCAUAUUGAUACAGUGCUGGCCGGGAGAGCCUGACCCUCCAGCCUCCUUCAUUGACGCGGUCAAUGAAGGAUUGGAGGCAGUGGAUAUCCCAUUUGAAGUGAAACAUCUUCGCAAGGGUAAAAUGUCGAUGGUCUGA